AGGAGGAGGAAGAGGAGGAGGAGGCGAGCGAGUCGGGGGUCAGGAGGGGCAGGAGGAGGAGGGAUUAUGUUCUCGCGGGUGUUCCUUUACAACCGGUCUCUCGCCAUCUCGUGAGGCGUCGGGCAACUCGACACGAUGGAGAGGUACGACGAGGACCUGAACGAGAACAGCUUCUUCCAGGUGCUGCGAGGGGAGUACGUGGAGGUGUUCGAGAGGGCGGUGGAGGCGGGCUGGAUCCUGUGCGUGCCGCGGGCGGGGGCGUUGCCCAAGUAUGCCCUGGCCCAGGACGACAUCCUAGGGCACAUUCUGGUUCCGAGCGACGAGCUUCCCGAGACCCACUUCCGGACCCUGACAGACCGCGGCGUCGUGGUCAAGGGCAACCUCCUCACCCUCGAGAAUGAGGUUUCCAACCCCCACUCGGUGCACAUUCUGUUCGACGAAGUGUUUUACGAUGAGGAUAUGCGUAAGUACAAAGUCCUGUGCCUGGAGGACCCCCUGUAUGCCUCCCACGCCCUAGCGUCGUCCUCCUCCUGUGACCUUGUUAUGCUCUUCUCCCUGAGGGACUGCAUUGAUCUCCUGUGGACGGAAGGGGGGGGCGAGGAGGCCCUCAAGAGGCUAGAUUCGCUCGUCCAGCAGUUCCUGGACAAAAACCCAAAUUUGGAGGAGGAGACGCUGCAGAACCUGCGGGAUCUGGUGAGCGAGCUCUUCUCAGAAGCCAUACAGGUGACCCUAUCAGAUCACCGCCUGAAACACAAGACCAAGGAAGAUCAAUAUCUCCUGGACUCCAUCAAACUCUCCGUGGAGACGUACCUUUUGCACGGGAUUUACAAAAAGCUGAUGAAAGGCAUCACAGCCUGCACCUCAGGGGACGAUGCGAGGCUCAACAGAAUAAUCAGGAACCUUUCCGACUUGCAGGUGAGAGACUUGGAUAUUGAUCCAAAGCUCUCAAGCAGCCUUACAAAAUCUAAAUUUGAAAUAGUCAAUAUUGAGGGCUACAGCACACCCCUCGGAAAGCUUGGAUGCCUCAAGAGAGCCAUAUCUAUUGUAGUUUCGCAGGGUGGUGUUGUGUCGUCAGAUGAGCUGCUUCCCAUACUAAUGUUUCUGGUAGUGAAGAGCAACCUGCCCAACUGGUUUGCUCAUUUGUCCUUUCUGAAGUUGUUUCGGUUUUCGGCAGCUGGAGCGGACAGUGGCGAGCAAAGCUUCAAUAUAUCUUCCUUAGAAGCUGCCAUACAGCACAUAAGCUCAGGUGCUUUAUUUGGUAACACGUCUCCAGAGGCAGACUGUAUGCUCCAGGUGGAGUCAAACAGUUUAGCCCAGAGCAUGGAGGAGGCCCUGGGUAUUGAGAAGGAGCCAUGCCUUGUUGAGGCUGAUGCGCAGAGUUUUCCUCUGGUGUCUGUGAUAAGGUACGAGAGGUUACACAGGAUUCAGUUGCUUCAGGCGACAGUGGUAGAAUUAUUGGUGAGUCUCGGUGCUGAUCUAACAGCUACUGAUUUCCGUGGGGCGACUCCCCUUCAUUAUGUGCUGUGUUACACAUUCGGUGCUGAUAUGAAUAAGUGUGAUAGUGACUCCAAUACCCCUUUGCAUUUGUGUUCACUAAAUGGUCAUGUUACUUGUGUUAAGGCAUUACUCUUUUAUGCUGAAUCUAUUGGCUGUGAAAUAGCAAUUAAUGCUCAGAAUAAUGUUCUAGACACCCCCCUGCAUCUGGCCAGUAGAUGGGGUUACUCUGCCAUUGUAGAGUUGCUCCUGGAUCGGAUGCUGAUGCUGGGAUUAAGUCUAAAGGUUCUAAAUAACAGAAAAUUAACUCCUAUUGAGUGUGCACAUAAUCUCCACAUUGCAAGGAUGAUACUGGAUGCAAAGAUGAAGAAUGACGAGAGAAGACUACAGGGAUUUGUCAGAGUGGAUACUGAAUGUGCUAGUCCGCCCACGCACACGUCUCAGAUGAGGUCACUUGAUUUUGAAAGAGGUCUAGAAAGUGUCCAGAGGAGGCUCUUUUCUCCAGAUAAUCCAAAUGAGAUGAAGCAGAUAGAGAGACUGCUGAAAGUGGUCGCAGUGGGUGAUGUGAAAUUAGCUUGCUUUUACAUGAACAUUGAGGAAGAAGUAAAUCCUGGUCAGGAAGUGUCUGUUCCAAAAACCCUCUGUCACCCUCUGUGCCAGUGUUCAGAAUGCGCACCAAAGUCUCAUCACAAUCAAGAGAAUCCAAACUCAUUUAAAGCCACAUCAAUAAACGCCUGCAACAGUGAUGGCUAUACACCCCUUCACAUUGCAGUAUUGCAUGGUCACGUCCACAUGGCCAAGGUGCUAGUGGGGCAGGGAGCUGACACGAACCUACAAACACGCAGCAAGAAACUAACAGCUCUGCACAUUGCUGCCCAGAACUGCAAUUUGCAGCUGAUGGAAGUGCUAGUGAGCCAUGGAGCGCAGGUUGAUCUGAAAGAUAUAUGCGGCAAUUCAGCACUGCACUAUUGUAGCUUAAAAGGCUUUACGCAAGGAGUUGCCCUUUUGCUGCAGUGGAAAGCUUCCAAGGACAUCACCAACCUCUCUCACAACACACCUGCACAGGAGGCAGAGGAGCGAGGCCACUGGAACAUCGUUGAGAUGAUUUUCGGCAAAACUGUGCCGAACUAAUAGAAUUUUAGACUACACAAUGAAAUAAUCCAACAUUUGUUUAUCAUAUUUGGUCCAAUGUUUUCUGGGAAGACCACAGAACUGAUGCGUCGCCUUAAACGUUACCAAAUUGCAAAACACAAUUGUCUUAUUAUUAAAUAUGCCAAGGAUGUGAGAAAUUUUUUUCUCUCUCUCGCUCUUUUAAUAAUCAUUGGUGUGCAGAGGGCUGGUGAUGCCUGGGACCAACUCCUUGAUUGUGUGCCCCAAAGACUCAAAGUAUAAGACUUAGUACUGAGAAAUAUUAUGUGAAAGGGAGAUAUUUGGAAUUUGUAAAUGCAGAUGAAACCUGAGACAAGCACUUUAUUCAAUUUAGAUAUAAAUUUCAAUGGAGGUCCAAGGCAUCCCCCCCAUUUGGAUGCCUUGGACCACUGCCCUGUCGGCUCUCCCUAAAUUCACAGUGGACAUGGCAUGUACAUAAUGCCAUCCCUGGUAGUAUAUUUAUAUAUGACAGUGAUGGUAUUGCAACUCAUGACAAGCAGGUGUUGCCUGCAGUUGCUGCUACUGUGUUGGAUGAGAUGAAAGAAAAAGCAGAUGAUUUUAGUGUAAUUGGCAUAGAUGAAGGACAGUUU